AUGACCACUCUCACCCGACAAGAUUUAAACUUUGGACAAGUCGUGGCGGACAUCCUAUGUGAGUUCCUGGAGGUGGCCGUGCACCUGAUCCUGUAUGUCAGAGAGGUCUAUCCAACUGGAAUCUUCCAGAAGAGGAAGAAGUAUAAUGUCCCUGUUCAGAUGUCGUGUCACCCUGAGCUGAAUCGCUACAUCCAGGACACGCUGCACUGUGUUAAACCCCUGAUAGAGAAGAACGACGUGGAAAAGGUUGUUCUGGUCAUCUUGGAUAAAGAGCACCACCCAGUGGAGAGAUUUGUCUUUGAAAUCGCACAGCCUCCACUCCUUUCUAUCAGUUCCGACUCCCUUCUAUCUCAUGUAGAGCAACUGCUGAGGGCAUUUAUUCUGAAGAUCAGUGUCUGUGACGCCGUCCUAGAUAACAAUCCGCCAGGGUGUACCUUUACUAUAUUGGUUCAUACACGGGAAGCAGCCACAAGGAAUAUGGAAAAGAUUCAAGUUAUAAAGGAUUUCCCCUGGAUCCUGGCUGAUGAGCAGGAUGUACACAUGCAGGAACCUCGGCUCAUACCACUGAAGACCAUGACCUCUGAUCUAUUGAAGGUGGGUGUCUGCUUAGAAUGUGUCUGGCCAAUCGAGCGUCACUAUAUCGCUUGGACAAAC